AUGCCAGCUUCCGUCACUGCCAACCAACAAGUUCCUCUACGAGUGGCACUCCAGCGACUUAGCAAAAUCAAAGCAAACAGUGGAAUUUCCAGUCGCCCAUUGGCUGUAACGUCUUUCUUGUCCGGAAAUACAGCCAUGAGUUCCUCAUCCGAGAACCCUCAGCGGGCUCCGUGGCGUGAUCUGCUUGAUUCCCAACUCAAGCAAACCCCAGGUUAUGAGUUUACAAUCGCUACAAUUGGGUAUGAUUCUCAACAGCGGCCUGUGCCACGCUUGCGAACUUGCGGUUGUCGAGGCUUUUUCCCAGAACUUGAGCUCCACCCCAAGGGCCAAGAAGCCAUGGACCAGCAGGUAGAGGGAGGGGGCAAUCCAUCAGUAUAUGAGAGCGACAUGCUUACAUUCACAACUGAUGCUCGGAUGGAAAAGCUGCCUCAGUUGGAGUCUUCGGGGCAAGCCAUCGAAGCAGUCUUUUGGCUGAAGGAUUUGAUGACUCAAUGGCGUAUUAAGGGUACUGCUUAUGCAAUUGGAAACCCGCAGGGAGAGGAUGCUGAAGAUGAAAGAACUUCCCGACAAGAAAUCAAAAAGGCUUUGAGGGCGACAAACAACGACAACAGUCUUUCAACAUGGACGUGGGAAAAAGCAGUCACGAAAUAUUUCGCAAAUCAUUCACCUGUUGCACGAGGCUCUUUCCGCAACCCCCCACCCGGGCAGCCCAAACAUCUCAAUCCAAGCAACUCGGAACUGAAGUUAGGGCAAAAGGUCACAGAUCUACAUGAUCCUGUGGUGCGUGCUAAUUUCAGGGUGGUCGUGAUUAAGCCCGAGGAGGUUGAAAGAUUGGACCUCACAGAUCAAGACAAUGGCAAGAGAUGGAACUGGAAGAUCAUCGGUAGCAAGGAUACCAGUACUUGUUGGAAUGAGACCGAGGUGUGGCCAUGA